AUGGAGCUUGAAGAUCAGAAAAAGUUCUUCCAUGGAACACUCGAGAUUACAAUCUUUGAUGCAACACCUUUUGCUCCUUCAUUUCCUUUCAAUUGUGUACUUACGAAGCCAAAACCAGCUUACGUGACCAUCAAGAUAAACAAGAAGAAAGUUGCUAAAACUAGCUCAGAACACGACCGUGUCUGGAACCAAACUUUUCAGAUCCUCUGCGCUCACCCGAUCACUGACACGACGGUCACCAUCACGCUCAAGACUCAGUGUUCAGCUCUCGGAAGAUUUCGGAUCUCUGCAGAACAGAUUCUUACUUCUGAUCCAGCAGUUAUCAACGGGUUCUUCUCUCUGGUCGCAGACAACGGAUCAACUAAACCUAACUUAAAGCUCAAGUUCAUGAUGUGGUUCAGACCGGCUUAUCUCGAACCGGGAUGGUGCAAAUCGCUUGAGGGACAGUCUUUUCAAGGUAUUAGGAAUGCAAGCUUCCCACAGAGAUCGAAUUGUAGAGUCGUAUUGUAUCAAGAUGCGCACCAUAGAGUUACGUUUGAUCCUAGGGCUCACGAUGUUUCUUCUAACGCAAGAAAUCUAUGGGAAGAUGUUUACAAAGCGAUAGAAAGCGCUAGGCAUUUGGUUUACAUCGCAGGAUGGGCUUUAAACCCUAACCUCGUUCUCGUACGAGACAAGGACACAGAGAUUCCGCACGCUGUUGGAGUAACGAUCGGCGAGCUUCUGAAACGGAAAGCUCACGAAGGCGUAGCGGUGAGAGUAAUGCUGUGGAGCGACGAGACGUCUUUACCGAUGAUCAAGAAUAAAGGUCUAAUGCGAACAAACGACCAGACAGCUUUUGCUUACUUCAAAGACACAAACGUUGUUUGCAGAUUAUGUCCAAGAUUGCACAAGAAGCUCCCUACGGCUUUCGCACACCACCAAAAGACGAUCACAGUGGACACACGUGUAACGAAUACGAACACCAAGGAGCGAGAAAUCAUGAGCUUCCUCGGCGGUUUCGAUCUAUGCGAUGGUCGAUACGACACAGAGGCGCAUUCUCUGUUCCGUACACUCGGGACAAGGGAUGAUUUUUAUCAGACAAGCGUCGCCGGAGCUAAACUAAGCAGAGGAGGACCAAGAGAGCCCUGGCACGAUUGCCACACGUGCGUGGUCGGAGGAGCGGCUUGGGAUGUUCUCAAGAACUUCGAACAGAGAUGGACCAAACAGUGUAACCCUUCGGUGUUGGUUAAUACUUCAGGGAUCAAAAAUUUAGUAAACCGAACCGUACCGGGAACCACAGAGGAGGAAGAUGACCGGAAAUGGAACGUUCAGGUUCUGAGAUCGAUAGACCACGUGUCGGCGACGGAGAUGCCAAGAGGCUUACCGGUGGAGAAGAGCGUACACGACGGCUACGUAGCAGCGAUUCGAAAGGCGGAGAGGUUUAUUUACAUUGAGAAUCAGUAUUUCAUGGGGAGCUGCGAUCACUGGGAGAACAAGAACGAUAAAAUCAGCAGCGGAUGCAAGAACUUGAUACCGGUCGAAAUAGCGUUAAAGAUCGCGGCGAAGAUACGGGAGAAAGAGAGAUUUGCGGUGUAUAUAGUGAUACCAAUGUGGCCGGAAGGGCCACCGGAGAGCGAAACGGUGGAAGAGAUGCUUCAUUGGACGCGAGAGACCAUGUCGAUGAUGUAUCGGAUCAUCGGAGAGGCGAUAUGGGAAAGUGGAGACGGGUCUCAUCCGAGGGAUUAUCUAAACUUCUUCUGUUUAGCGAACAGAGAAGAGAAGAGAGACGGAGAGUUUGAAGCAGCUUCGUCGCCGCAUCCUAACACGCAAUACUGGAACGCGCAGAGGAAUCGGAGAUUCAUGAUCUAUGUCCACUCCAAGCUCAUGAUAGUGGACGACGCAUACAUUUUGAUAGGGUCGGCGAAUAUAAACCAGAGGUCAAUGGACGGUUGUCGAGACACGGAGAUUGCAAUAGGUUGCUACCAAGAAGCCGAUACUGCAACCAACGCUAGUGAAAUCCGAGAUUACCGGUUAGCGCUCUGGUACGAGCAUACCGGUGGACAGAUCAGUACGGGUGAGCUAUCAUAUUCAGAGCCAGAGAGUGUUGAAUGCGUCAGAGGGUUGCGGACAAUGGGAGAGCGGAUGUGGGAGAUUUAUAGCGGAGACAAGGUCGUAGACAUGCUCGGUGUCCAUUUGGUUGCGUAUCCGAUCAGUGUCACAAGAGACGGUGUGGUUGAGGAAGUUGGAGAUGGAGUUUUUCCUGAUACCAAGACGUUGGUUAAAGGGAAGAGGUCCAAGAUGUUGCCUCCGGUUCUCACAACCUGA